AUGAAUCCACGUGUUUGGAGCAAAGGUAUGUAUUCCUCCAGCAGCAUUCACCUUGACGGCUGUACUGAAGAUCAUCUCUCCUCUGUUCAACCAGACCCCAUGCUGUCAAAUUCAGAAGUGUCAGGUGUUUCUGUGUCUUCACACAAAGACAGACGAGACAUAAAAAUACUACCAGAUAGUUCUUACUACAGCAGCAGUGAUGCUGGUUCAAGUUUGACCUCUUCCAGCCAGCUGGAGCUCAGUCCGUCCAGAAACAGCUUCACUGGACAUCUACCCACGAGAAAGCACUCGUCUCCUGCAUCCAGUUCUUGCAGUCACCAUGAAUGGAGCUUAAACAGCGGCCAUCAAGCAAAGCGUGCCAGAGUAGAAAACAUCAUCAAAGGCAUGACCAGCUAUCCUGGUAUGCACUGCACAGAUGUGUGGAUGAAUCAGGAGUCAGACGGCAUGCAGGAGAUUGAAAAGAUUCAAGAUCAGGAGCUCAUGGUGACAAGGAAGCAGCUUGAGGUGCAACAUCACCUUAGACAACUCAGUACUGGAGUAACCAACACAACAGACAGCAGUAAGGACGAGAAAUAUCCCACCCAGAACGAUUCUUCUGAAACAUCUCCAUUUACAGAUUCAUUAAGUGAGUCUGAAGGCAGAUCAAGAAAAUAUCAAGGAUGGAAGAAGGUGAAGCUGAUGAACUACUUCCAAUCCAAACCUGAGCGGAUAAAGCUGAUGGCAGAUGUUUUGAAGUACGAACUGUCCAGAGCUGUCAGUAGGAGUGUUGACUCUAUUUUCAAAAGCAUGCCGAUCCUACACACAUCGCCAAAUGACGAGGGAAACAUAGAGACUGGUUCACCUCCUAACUCAUCAGCUGGUAAAGAUGAUAAAUUAUCCUGUUGUGUGAAUGCAGAAAUGCAAGUCCCAGAUGUUCAGACAGAAGCUCUGUCUCUGGUGGUGCAAAAGCCCCGACUGGAAAGAGCUGACAAGUUGAUCUUCCAGUCCAGAUCAAGAGCUCGUCCCAAACUUCUCCCCUUCGGCUGUGACUCCGCUCUGCGUGAAGAUCAAACGUCUGAGAGGAAUCACAACACUGCCCGUCAUCAUGCCCUCAGAUGCUUACAUGUUGAAUGCUCUGAGGUUGCAAAGUUCGACACACGUUGGAAUUCGGUCAAGGUGAGAUCGAAGGUCAACUCCAGAUCCACUGUGUCGGUGGAUCCCAUCCUGUUGGAGAGCCUGUGUCUCCCUCAUGUCAAGAUUGAAUCAGAUUGCCUGGUUAAAAACAAGCUGUACAUGAUGAACGAGGGUCUGACCACUAACCAUCUGAAGAAAGCGAAGCUUAUGUUUUUCUACACUCGCUACCCGAGCUCGCUGGUGCUGAAGAUGUGUUUCCACGAGGUUCAGUUCACACGCUGCAUCACCUCUCAGCUCAUCAAGUGGUUCAGUAACUUCAGGGAGUUUUACUACAUCCAGAUGGAGAAGUUUGCCCGGCACGCUCUCGCAGAGGGAGUGGUGGACGUCAGAGGUCUGACUGUGGGGAGAGAAUCAGAACUUUUCAGAGCUCUCAACAUGCACUACAACAAAGCCAACGACUUCCAGGUUCCUGACAGAUUCCUGGAAGUUGCUGAGAUUACACUGAGAGAGUUUUACAUUUCUGUUUCAAUGGGAAAGGAUCGAGAUCCAUCAUGGAAGAAAGCGAUCUACAAGGUGAUCUGUAAACUGGACAGUGACGUACCAGCUGAAUUUAAAAGCCAACGCUCUGGAUGA